AUGGCCCAGGAAGAAGCUAGAACUGCCAGGGUUAAUCCACUAGGGGACGAUGAUGCGGUGGAGUUGGCGGAACAGUACAGGACGGAGAGGCAAGUAGAGAGAGUAGGGGGCCUGGCGGGACCGCCGCGUUCAUGGACAUUAAUGGCAGCUCUGAAGCUAAUCAACCAGGCUGAGCCAGAUCACUGGCAUACGAAGGCUGACAAGUCGACUGUUACUGCGGGGGAGUUGAAGGUGGAGGAAAGGGCAAACAAGGAGGAGGAGGUUUUGAAGAAGAAGAAGAAGAGGAGGGUUGCCCCUGAGGGGGCCUCAGAUGCGCCUGGGUCGAACAAGGCCAGGUCAAAUGGUGAGGGCAUUCCGAUGGCAGAGGAAGGAGGGGAGAAAGGGGUGGAGGCUACUCCAGAAGUGGUUGUUGCCCUAGAGGCGCAGGAGGAGAAGAGUCAAGGGGUCCCAGAGGGAGUGAUGGAGAGUGGGUCAGCUGUCCCUAAGGAAGUGAUGGGGCAGCAGCCCCAGGGGGUCCCUGCGCCCCAAGGAGAAGGGGCCAGACUGACGACUGCAAUCUACCACGCUCGCGCAGUGUCUGGGCGGCUAGAGGGAGAGGAAGGCCCAGCCAGGGCGGCUGCAGAUCGCCUUAUGGGGAUUGUGGACGACACAGCCGUGCGCUCGGUGGCCAGGUUCAAUGAGGCUGAGCUGCUAAGGGGGUUGUGCUCUACCCAAAUGGAGGUAACGACCUUAGCAGGGGCUUUGCUGAGAAAGGCGGUGGCUGCGAAGGUCAAGUCGGAGGAUGCUAAGGCCCAGCUUGCAAGUUUCAAGAAGGAGAGUGCAAGUUGGAAGAAGGCUGCACGAAGCGCAUGUGCUAGGGGUUGGCAAGAGGCUGAGAAGGCAAAAAAGAUGGAAGUAUUGGCGAUCGUGCAGGGCAAUGUUGCCAACGGUGCCCAUGCUGAGUUGUUGGCGGUCAGAUUGGAGCUAGAGGACGAAUGGCGCAAGGUAGUGUCGCUCGAGUUCCAGCUGGCUGGCGAGCAGAAGAAGCUGGGGGAUGCUCAAAAUGCCUGCACGGUCACCACCGAGCGGUUUGAAGAGGCCAUGAUCGACAAUGAAGAACUGCGACUCCAGCAGAUCGAAGAGAAGGAUGAAGCAGGUGUGAAGAUUGCUGGGCUGCAGAAAGAGCUGGAGGAUGAGCGUGCUAAGGCAAUGGAGGAGAAGGCAAGGUUGCAGAAGGAGUUGCAGAAGGAGUUGGAAGAAGAAAAAACCAAGGCAGCCUCUGAAAGGGUAGCAUACCUUGAUUUGUGCGUGGUAGCAGUAGAGCAAUUCAAGGGGUCUGCUGACUUCCAGAUGACGAUCGUCGCCGCGGUCGCCAGCAAUUUGGCAAGUGAGGUGACUGGGGAGGCGAGCUCGUCAGGAACGACCGCUGGAAACAGGACUGAAGCAGAAAGUGACUUUGAGAGAAACUCAACGCAGAGUGAAUUUUAA